AUGGCCCUGGUGCUGAUCCUCCAGCUGCUGACCCUCUGGCCUCUGGGUCACACAGACAUUACCUCGAAUGUGCCCCCAGCCUCAUACCCCAAGCCAUCACUGGGAGCGCAGCCUGCCUCGGUUGUGACCCCAGGGAUGAAUGUGACCUUGACUUGCCGGGCGCCCCAGCCCUCCUGGCGGUUUGCACUCUUCAAGUCUGGAGAGCUCGCCCCCCUGCUCUACCAGGACGUGUUUGCGGAGCUGGCGGAGUUCUUCCUGCAGGAGGUGACUGAGGCCCAGGGGGGCAGUUAUCAAUGUCGCUACCGGAGCCCACGGUGGUCACCGGGUGCCUGGUCCCAACCCAGUGAUGCCCUGGAACUGCUGGUGACAGACCAGCUGCCCCGCCCGUCGCUGAGGCCGGGAGCGCGGGGCCGAGCCCGGGGUGGGCUGCUGACGGCCUGUCUCCCUCGCCGGCUCCUCGGCUCCCCAGGCUCCGACCGCUUGGACUACACCAAGGGCAACCUGGUGCGCCUGGCGCUGGCUGGCCUGGUCCUCGCCUGCCUGGCCGCGCUGGUCGGCCUGGAGUGGCGCAGCUGGCGUCGCGCCCCUGCUAGCGCCUGA